AUGAACGUGGGCGGUACAAGCUCUAUGCCACGCGCAUCCCUCUACCCAGGCAUGGCCGCUCAAGGGUACGACCAAUCGCAGCCCCACCCGAGCGGCUCGUCAACACCGCACCUCCUCUCAUCCAGCCUGUCCUCCCUCUCCCAAUCCGUCUCCAUCCUACAGCACACAAACUCCCUCUUGUCACAUUGCGUCUCCGACGUACCGCGCCUGUGCUUGGCUCUCACUUCGCGCAGGCACUUCGAUGUAGUGACAGAAGGGACUGUGCAGGAGGCAAAGAGACGGAUUGAAGAUGAGAUGCGUCCGCUGCUUAGAGAGUUGAUUCAACGAGGAGAGGAAGGAGUCGGGAGGGAGGAGAUGGCUGCGAGGAGGGCGAGGAACAAGGUAUCUCAACUCACCACUCGUCUCGAGCAACUCCUCGCCUCGCAACAGAUCAAGAUCACUCCAGCAGCUUCUCGCAACGGCAAUGGUAAGGGAGCGGGCGAAGAUGACGAAGAGGAGGAGCGUGCCCGUGCUGAGGAGCAGAGGCAAUUGGACGAUCUGGCGCGCGUCAAGAGGAGGAGAGCGCAGCUGGAGAAGGAGUUGCUUGCGUUGGAAGAUGAGGUUGAGAGGGAGGAAGCAGAGCUGAAGAAGUCACAGGGCUCGCCUGCCUGAGGGGCGCUCAUGAUUCACGAAUCUGUUCUCACCAUCUUGUGUUGUACCAUCAGGCCUCUGUGGCUCUCUGGGGCCGCACUGUCACUCCAAUACCAGCAGCUUGCGCUCGAGCGACGUGACAAGGCAUUGUAUCAUUAUUGGGGUCCAUCCUCAUCCCGAGAGACGCACCGCAUUUGCCCCACUUGCCAUCCAUCGUGGCAUAUGCUUGGGCUUCUUGCCAUCCACAGGAGCCGCCUUGGGACCCCACUGAGCCACUCCUUCCUCCCCUU